CUAAUUUUGUCAAUUUCAUAUCUGGCACUAUUUAAUUUUACAAGUAACAUUGAAAACAAAAAAUGAAUGAUCCUAAUAAAGCUAUUAACGUGAAUUUAUCAUCGCUUUUAAGUUUAAAAGCUGAGCUAUUACGUAAACAGGCAGAAGUAAGCAAAGCAAAAACUGCCCAAGCUCAAACUCAACCGAGUGAAUAUACUGCUAAAAAAUUGCAAACAUUCAAUAAUAACAACGCUACCACGGAAGAUGCUCAAAGCAAUAAAAAAUAUAAAAAGUCUCGAACCAAAGAAGUGGAAUCAGGUGAGGAUGUUACUGUGUACGAGUACGAAGAUACCGAGUUGGUGGAAAAGUCAAAAAGGGUAUUGGAAGCAAAAAGCAAGUUCUACGAACGCAUGACGCGCACUGGAGGACAAUUAAAUUCAGAUGAUAACUGCUUAGUGUUAUUUAAUCGCAAGCACCAAGAAGAAUGCAAGAACAAUAACAAUGCCAACAGGUAUGAUGAGCAAUGUACAGAAAACGAUGUUAAAAACAGCGAAAGCGAAAGUGAGGAUGAAGUAGCAUCAGAUGAAGAAGAGGAUUGGGUCGAAUAUACAGAUUGUUUAGGGCGUACUAGAAAAUGUCUACGGGAAGAUUUAGAAACCAUAAAGAAAAGAGAUGCUGAAUUGGCAGCUACUAUGCCGGAACGUUUGGACCAAUCUAAAGCUAAUUGGAUGAUAAAUACGAAAAACACUGAUACAGCAAAACUGGAUGAAGAUGCACCCUUCGGUCCGAUGCCAUGUGAGAGUUUAUUCGGUGAUGGGAUUUCCUUAAUGUCCAAACAUGAUGAACAAAGGGCUAACUGGGAGCGCAAAGAGCAAGAAAAUCUCGACAAGAUUGAUGUGCACUACCAGGAUGUUUUCUUUGAUGAGGCUAGGCAACACGGUGUCGGUUAUUAUACCUUCUCCACCGAUGAAGAAGAACGUAAAAAACAGCAAAAAGAAUUGGAAGAAAUAAGAAAAGGCACCAUUGAUGAGCAGAACCGUCGUGAACAGCUUCGCGCUCAGCGGGAAAAAAUAAUUGCAGAACGCGUGUUUGCAGCUAAAAAUAGGCAACGGGCUCGUCUUGGGCUGCCUCCACUUGAAAAAGUUGAAGAAAGGGAAGAAGAUGCAAAUACAAAAAAAGAGACUAAGGAGGAGCGUAGAGCUAGAAAAAAAGAAGAAAAAAAUAGACGAAAACAAGAAAAAUAUGAAAAAGAAAGGGAGCUGGAACGUCAGAAUCAUCUUCGUCCAUGGGAUAAGGAAAAAUUAUUCAAAGAAAGUAGCAAUUUAGCUAAAGAUAUAAGCCAAAAUGAGCAAGAACCAAAAUGGUCCUAUAAGCCGGAAAAAUUGCCGAUGUCUCAAGAGCAGUGGAAUGAGAAGAAAAGAUCUGAACGUAUAACAGAAUUUGCGCCCAUUAGCAAUCCACAAAUUCAGAAACAAUACCAGCCAAAACGUAAAAACUUCACCAGUAUGCCUCCACCCGAAGAGCAAAAUUUAGUGAACAGCUCCAACAAUGACAAAUAUUGUACGACUGAAAAUUUCGCUAAUUACCAGUCAUCUAAAAGUGAUAAGAGAUUUCAGUGUCGCAGCUACUGUGCAGAGACAACAGAACCGGAACGGUUAGGAGUUAACAUAGCGCCACCUGUUGACUUAGAUUAUGUUUCGCCACCGCAUACUAAAAAGCCAAAAUCCAACAGUGAACUAGAAAAAUCAAUUGAAGCAGGUUUACGAUUUCUGCGCAACAAUUCUGAUAAAGGAAAUUUGACCACUAAAUCCAGUUGGACAGCAAAGGCAGACUAUUAAAUAAUUUAGACAACCAAUUUUUUAUAAAACAUACAAAUAUGACUAAUACAUUCUUUUUAAGCAGAUAAAUUUAUUUAAUCAUAUUUAUGUAUAUACCGUAUUAUUUCAUUCACUUGUGGUUGUCGAACAAGUAUGGAACUAUUAACAAUUUUCUUUUUAAAUAUAAAUCUAUUCAAGCGACAAUAUGCAAUAUUGCUACAAAUUGUUAUUGUCAGUAUGAAAUUUUUGGUAAUAUUGUAUAUUACAAAAUUUUUUCCGAAAAAAAUAAAAGUAAAGCCAUUCGUGCGAAAUUACA